AUGCUCUUUCAACAUUGUCAGCUUCUUCACCCAUGUGCGCCUAUUAACUGUUCGGUCAAAUGCCCCAAUGAAACUGUACCCAAUAUACAACUAGCAAUAGCAUUCUGCAAUCUGCAUACACCAAUUGAUUUUUUUCCCAAAUUAAAUAAAAUCAAUCCAACUCAUGUCAUUCCUCAAAACAAGUUUUGGGAUCAGUGUUAUUCCAAGAUCCCAUUAGAUUCAUGGUACUCUGGUUAUGUGACUGUGAAUCAACAAUCUGGGAGGGCAUUGUUUUAUUGGUUGACCGAGUCACCUACAAAUCGUGAUCCAAAAUCAAGACCACUCUUGUUAUGGCUCAAUGGUGGGCCUGGUUGUUCUUCAGUAGCUUAUGGUGCUGCUGAAGAGAUUGGUCCUUUACAUAUAAAUUCCGACGGGAAGACCCUUUUCAUCAACCCAUAUUCUUGGAACAAGUUGGCAAAUUUGCUAUUUCUCGAAUCGCCAGCAGGAGUUGGCUACUCAUAUUCCAACACUACAUCAGAUUUGUACACAGUUGGUGAUGCAAGAACAGCUGAAGAUUCGUAUGCUUUCCUUCUCAAUUGGUUCGAAAGAUUCCCUCAAUACAAGCACCGUGAUUUUUACAUCGCCGGAGAAAGUUAUGCAGGUCAUUAUGUUCCUCAAUUGUCUCAAAUCAUUUACGAAAGAAACAAAGGAGUGAAGAAUCCAAUCAUCAACUUCAAGGGUUUCAUGGUCGGAAAUGCUGUUACAGACGAUUACAAUGAUUACGUUGGUACAUUCGAGUACUGGUGGACCCACGGUUUGAUUUCAGAUUCAACUUAUAAGUCUCUACAAACAACAUGUGAAGGAGGGUCCUCUGAGCAUCCACCAUUCGCCUGCAUUAGGGCUCUAAAUACUGCCGAAUCAGAACAAGGAAACAUCGACCCGUAUAGCAUUUAUACAAAGCCCUGCAAUUACUCUUCAUCAUUAAAACGUAGAGGACGUUACCCAUGGAUGCGUGGAGCAUAUGAUCCAUGCACUGAGAAAUAUUCAAAUGAGUACUUCAAUCUUCCUGAAGUUCAAAAGGCCUUUCAUGCCAACAUCACUAAAGUUUCAUAUCCAUGGAAAACAUGCAGUGAUAUUGUUGGGUCAUAUUGGGGAGAUUCUCCACUUUCAAUGCUUCCCAUCUACAAGGAACUCAUAGCUGCUGGUUUACGUGUAUGGGUGUUCAGUGGUGAUACGGAUUCAGUCGUGCCCAUCACUGCAACAAGAUAUUCACUUGAUGCGUUGAAUCUUUCAACCAUUGCUAAUUGGUAUCCGUGGUAUGAUAAUGGAAAGGUUGCGGGGUGGAGCCAAAUAUACGAAGGGCUGACAUUUGUGACAGUGACAGGUGCAGGACAUGAAGUGCCAUUGCAUAGGCCUAGGCAAGCUUUUAUACUAGUGAGGUCAUUUUUGGAAAAUAAACCAAUGCAGAGAAGCUUAAACUCCAUCUGGGUUUGAUUUACUGGUUGGCUAAUAAGUAAAAUAUUGUUAUUAUGUGGCGUGGGGUUGUGAGAAAAGAAAGAAAAUAAGGAGAUACCCCCCUACUUCUUCAUUCUUGCUUCUGAUUGAUUAGCAUUUCUUUUUAAGCUCCAUAAUUAAUCAUUGUUAGAUGUGGCGAACCAAAGAGAACAUUGAUUAUUGUUGAUUUCUUAUACGUAAUUUUGAGC